UCCAGCGCAACCCCAAACGCCUCGAGAAUAAAAUGGAUAAAAAAACUUCAGACCACCAAGGCACCAACUGACCGCAACUCCUUAGCUCCCUCCCCUCCCUGAACUCGCAAGCAGCCUGCUGGCAAGCUGCACCAGUCCUCGCAUUGCUGCCACCGGCAUUGCCGUCGCUCCCUCCGAGGAUGGGUAGCAUGGCGCGUGUGGCGGUGGUGGCUGCGCUGGCCCUUGUGGGGUUGCCGUCGGUAGCGACGGCGCAGAUGGACAGCUGCGACGGCGAGCUGCCGCCCGUGCUCGCCGCCAACUACUCGGGGCUUGCUUGCCAGCCGGUCUGGAAUAACUUCGUGCUCCGGUAUCACCAGGACAAGAACUACGUCCUGCGAGUAGUCCUGUCCACAAUGUACAGCACGGGCUGGGUGGGCAUGGGGUUCUCGAGGGACGGCCUCAUGAUCGGCUCCAGCGCCAUGGUGGGGUGGAUGGGCAAGAAGGGGCUGCCUCACAUCCGGCAGUUCGCGCUGCGCGGCAAGUCCAGCUCCAAGGUCGUCGUCGACCGGGGGUUCCUCGUCUCCAACGACCACGACCACACCGUCGUCGUGCAGCAGGCCAAGAUCUAUCUCGCCUUCCAGCUCAAGUUCUCGUACCGCCUCACCCACCAGCACAUCAUCCUGGCUUUUGGGCCCGGCAUCCCGGUGAAGAACAAGCUCACGCAGCAUCAGGACAAGACGUCGUUCAACUAUGAUUUCACCACGGGCAAAGCUUCCGUCGAUGGGUCCUUCCCUUACGGCCUGAGGCGGGCGCAUGGCGCGCUCAAUGUCUUCGCGUGGGGCGUCCUGAUGCCGAUCGGCGCCAUCCUGGCGCGCUACUUCCGGAGGAUGGAUCCCCUCUGGUUCUACCUCCACGUCGGCCUCCAGUUCGUCGGGUUCAUCAUCGGCCUCGCCGGCGUCGUGGCCGGAGUGGCGCUGUACAACAAGAUCCAGGCGGACGUCCCGGCGCACAGAGGCCUCGGCAUCUUCGUCCUCUUCCUUGGCAUCCUGCAGAUUUUGGCCUUCUUCCUCAGGCCGAACACUGACUCGAAGUACCGGAAGUACUGGAACUGGUACCACCACUGGGCGGGUAGGCUGGCGCUCUUCUUCGCGGCCGUCAACAUCGUGCUCGGGAUCCACGUCGGCGGCGCCGACGACUCGUGGAAGAUCGGUUAUGGGUUCAACCUGGCCGUGCUCCUCAUCGCCGUCAUCACGCUGGAGUUCCUGCUGUGGACGAGGUGGUCCAAGAACAGCUCAUCGACCCCGAUGUACUAAAGGUUGUUGAUGUGGCGAUGCCGUGACAGCUCUAUUUUUAGGGGGAGGUUCCAGGGUCAUGUUGGGCUGCUUUGACCCUUUUUCCAGGACGGUAUUUACAAAAUAGAUAACAUAGAAAAUCUAUAUUGAAAAAAUAGAUAAUAUGUUAUCUCAUUUAUAAAUGUAGCAUUUGUAUUUCGUAUCUCAUUUACCGUAAACGAGUUUUCGGUGCACUGUGAACCAGAAAAGAGAUACUUGGGUGUUUUUAGUAUUUCAUGUGUCGAAUACGAUGCACAAUGCUGCUUUGCCUCU